AUGGGCAUAAGCAAGCUGACUGCAGAAGUAGAAAACAAUAUUGCUCCUACUGUGCAGAAGAACAUGGGAACCGUGAUUGCACAGCCCAACAACCACAGUGUAUCAACUGUGGUGAGGCCAACUCCCGCUAUGGCACCAAAUACAGCUACUUCCAUCCAGCCUAUGCUCCAGAAUGCCCACAAUACCAGCGCAAGGUACAGUCAAUCCGAGAUAAUACAGAAUACUGCUAAUCUUGAUUUAUCAAACGUCAUAAAUAAAGAUACAAUAUGCAGUACAUUAUCUAUCAAAUGUAUACAAAUAAAUUUACAGCGAGCAAAAGCAGCAGUUGCUCAACUAGCACAAUUUGCAGCAGAAUUUGGUGCUGACCUGAUAAUGGCUCAGGAACCUUACACGCGAGACGGAAUUGCAGUGGGAUUUCCAUUGCAAUGGACAAUUUAUCAACAAGGAAAUGUAGAAUAUCCUCCUAGGGCCAUUAUUAUUAACUGCAACAAAAAAUGGUCUCCGGCUAUCGUAGCAAUUGAACGCGAUAAUGUUGCAAUCAUUAUAGAAGCACAAGAAGCAUCUUUACUGUUUAUCUCACAAUACUCUCCUCCUUCUGCAGAUAUUUUGGCUACUACACAGUUUCUUACAGAUACCCUGCAAAAGAUUAAAAUUCCUCUUAAAAUAAUUACAGGCGAUUAUAAUGCCCACAACACGGUUUGGGGGUAUGCUUCUACGAAUGACAAAGGAAGCCUUCUGGAGGAUUUUCUGUCUGCUAAUCAUCUUGUUUUACAUAACACAGCAGACGCGCCUCCGACAUAUGACAGAAUCUACGCACAAGGCUGGCCUGAUUUGACGAGCAACCGACGACAAUUAAUAUUAUUCGUCGUUACAACCUACCUGGUAGGCGUAAAACGUGCUUUUACUACUAGAGUCAAGAAUUUGAUUGAAGGUAUUGAACAACAGCUAACUCAAGCGAACUCUAGAGACGAAUUGGAGAAUUUCACAGUGACUCUACAAAAGUGUAUACAGCAAGCGUGUGAUGACAUAUUGCCACAGCGUAGUACUAAAAAACUGACUACGAUCAAUUGGUGGAGUAGUGAACUUCGUAUUCAGCAGAGGCAAUGUCGCGCAUUACGUCGAAGGUUAAAGACUGAGCGUAGACUAAACCUUCCAGCUAACACCCUCCCAAUUUAUCAACAGGCAAGAGCGAAGUACAAACGUUCAAUUUUGCAGGCUAAAAUCAAUUCAUGGCAUGCUUUUUGUACAGAGUCACAAAACAUCUAUGGUAUUCAUCAUAAGAUUAUGACUGGAAAGCUGUUUAGGCCUGCCCAGUUACACAUCCCUACACGAAUAAAUGUUACUCAGGACUACACAAGGGAAACAUUAAUACAGAUCCUGGAUUCCGUCUUCAGUCAGGAUGACCCAACCGAAGAUUCUAAGCAACAAGCAACUAUACGUACAGAACAGAUGUCUACCAACGUGCCACCGGAUAGGGAUAUUACAUUGAAAGAACUAAAACAUAUAUUAGCGCAUUUGCCAAAAAAAGAAAAAGGCCCCUGGCCCUGA